CGUCGCUCGCGCCUCUCACGGCCUACGUCCUCAUAUCUCUUCUGGAAGGAAAUCUGACAGUGGACCCCCAGGUCAUAGCAAACGCCGUCGCUUGCAUCACCACAGCCACCACGAGCAACAGCACCUAUAUCAAGGCCCUGACGGCAUACGCUCUCUCCUUGCGGCGACAGCAGCGCUGCUGCUACGCUCAUUUCAGAUGUGUACAACAGUUUGACGACAUCAGGAAGUCCAGGUCUGUCUCAGGCUCUGACGGUUGAAGCUGCCCGCCUACCUCCUCCUGGCCAUGCUGAAUGAAAAACUCCUGGAUCUUACACUAACUGGGCGUCGGAUAUUGCCAAGCUCAUAUCAACUUAUCACAAUGGACAAGGAGGAUUCGUCUCGACACAGGACACAGUGGUUGCUCUGCAGUCCUUCGCAGCCUUCAGCGAAGCCUUCCCGCCCACAGGAACAAAUCUCACCAUAUCAGUCAAUGCUGGAAGUCAGUCGUUUGACAUUGAUAUCAAUUCAGAGAACCGUCUCGUCCUGCAGACCAGCUACGUCACGGGCGAUCCACCUUUUGACGUCACAGUGACUCCGUCUGGGAGUGGAUGCGCUCUUGUCACGAUUACCCACCAGUACAACGUCAAAGAAGAGCCAGAGAGCUCUGCUUUUAAAAUGUCUGUCAAGACGGACAGAGAAAACUGCUCAUCUAACAGUUCCCUGGAAAUUUGUGCUUCUUACACCAAUGAGGACUCCGUAUCCAACAUGGUUGUCAUGGAGAUCGACCUCCAAACAGGAUACUCGGCAGAUGAGGACGACUUGAGAGGUCUCGUCGCUCAGCAAAUCAUCAAGCGUUACGAGGAGAAAGAUGCGAUUGUCUUCCUUUACCUUGAAUCGGUCGGUGGCUCCGAAGUCUGUGGCUCCUUCCACGUCCUGAAGGGCUUCGAAGUCCAAGAUCUUCUGCCCGGCACCGUCACCCUCUACGAUUAUUACACACCUGAAUUCAGGCUGACUCAGUCAUUUGAAAUUGAAGACACAUGUGAGUCAGCGUGAAGUGUGUGUUUGGCUCCUUUUGGUAAACGAUGGAUGGGAAAUGACUGCACUGCAAUAUGUACAAAACGUUGAAAAAAACAAAAAAUAAUUUAAGUUAUUGGUCUUAGAGACGCCUCGCAUUUCAGACAAAAAUGUUAAAUGUUUUUAUUGGUCAUUAUUUCUGAUUUUAUCGGACACGAACCCUUCCUCAUUUGAUUUCUGAAGGUACAUCAAUAACAUGGCGACCAUUUCCUUG